AAAGCCUUCCCGAGUCUCCUUUGGAAUCAGUGCCAGCAUCUGAAGAAUGCAGCGGAAGUGGAAGUAGAGGAAAUGCCAGUAAGUGUUCCCUUGGCGUUCCAGAACUGCGCACAGACCAGAUCAUUUUUACCGAGAGCCUCUGCCAGGAGCAGGUAACAUUCUAAAGGGACUUAGAACUAAGUUAGGCAGGGUUCAAUUUGGUUGCAGGGGCAUACCUUUCCGGUUAGAAAAAGCCACAAAACUCAGGAAAGGAAACCGAAACCCUUAGCAACUGCCUCAAAGUCAAGGUGCUUUUUCCCUGACUUUAGUGCAGUCUAGCACCUGUGCCUCUCUUAGAGGAGUCUGGAGAGCUGAGUCGCCGCUGGUGCCAGGAUUCUAGGAAUUCAGCUCAAAUUCAGCUCACUUGAAGCUGCAUAAGAAAGGUAUACAAAUGGAGGCUCCUCGAUCAGAAACACAUUUGCCAGCUGGGUAUACCCCUCAGUAUCCAUCAACAACAUUCCAAGGACCUCCAGAACAUACUGGACGCCACAUACUCCAGACUAACUACCAAGUGCCCCAGUCUGGUUAUCCAGGGCCUCAGCCUGGCUACACAGUCUCAACAUCUAGACAUGAGGACUAUGGUGCAACAAGGCUUCCUAUUCAAAAUAACCAGACCACAGUCCUUGUAAACACCCAGUGGAUGCCAGCACCUCCACCUCUUCUGAACUGCCCACCUGGGCUAGAAUACUUAAAUCAAAUAGAUCAGAUUCUGAUUCAUCAGCAAGUUGAACUUCUAGAAGUCUUAACAGGCUUUGAAACAAAUAACAAAUUUGAAAUCAAGAACAGCCUCGGGCAGAUGGUUUAUGUUGCAGUGGAAGAUACUGGCUGUUGUACUCGAAAUUGCUGUGAAGCAUCUAGACCUUUCACCUUGAGGAUUCUGGAUCAUCUGGGCCGAGAAGUCAUGACUCUGGAGAGACCCCUGAGAUGCAGUAGCUGCUGCUUCCCCUGCUGCCUCCAGGAGAUAGAAAUCCAGGCUCCUCCUGGGGUGCCGAUAGGUUAUGUGACUCAGACCUGGCACCCAUGUCUGCCAAAGCUCAUUCUUCAAAAUGACAAGAAGGAGAAUGUUCUAAAAGUUGUUGGUCCGUGUGUUGCAUGCACCUGCUGUACAGAUAUUGACUUUGAGAUCAAGUCUCUUGACGAGGUGUCUAGAAUUGGCAAGAUCUCCAAGCAGUGGUCUGGUUGUGUAAAAGAGGCCUUCACAGAUUCAGAUAACUUUGGAAUCCAGUUUCCGCUAGACCUGGAUGUGAAGAUGAAAGCUGUGACACUUGGCGCUUGUUUCCUCAUAGAUUACAUGUUUUUUGAAGGCUGUGAGUAGGAACAAAAAUCAGACCUGUGGUGGGGACCAAUGAAAGACUACAGAGAUCUGAAGUCUACACGAUGAGCCUAUACAAUUGGGAAACCUGGAGCUUUUUUGUUACUUCAUUAAAAUUUCUGAGAAUCAAGCUGUUAUACAUGAAGAAUAUUAUGUGCAAUUUUGCUUUUCAAAUGGUAGUUUAUCAUUUACAUAAUUGGAAUAGAUGUGGGUAAUUAUCUUUAUACUCUUAUAAAAAUAUUCACCAAAUUCAAGAUAUAAAAAUAAGAAAAGUGUAUUUUUAAAAAUGAAACAUUUUAUGGAAAAGUAAGUUGAAUUAUAAUCUCUGACUUAUUUUCCAUCUUCUGUUCGAUUUAAAUCUUGUUAGUGCUGACUUUAUUAUAAAAUUAUACUUGACUCUAUCAAAUCUAGUUAGCUUAUUUCUUACAGAACACCUGCUGUUAUAUUGAAAUUAUAUGUUUAAAAGCUUUUUUUUUUUAAAGAUAAUAUUGCCUGGGAAAUUCUAUUCAAUAAAAUGCCAAUAAGAGAAGAUAGUAUAUAUUUUCUUCUGUCUUUAGGAAAUAACAUUAAAUGUUCUUAUUAAAGUUUCUACUGUUAUAAACUUUUAUACUGAAAAGUUCAUGAUUUACCAAUUUUAAAUGUUCUUCAGUGAAUGAUGACAUGUUUUACUGCCAAGGAACAGUAACUUUUAGGAAUCUCUAUCUUUAUUAUUGAUAUAAUGUUUGACAUUAUUUACUUUCAAUUAUUAACCAAGAUCCUAUUAUGGAUAUGGCCAGGGGAUAAUUUGAUCUUAGCUGUUCUCCCAACUGAGUCCCCAGGUGACUCUAGGUUUCUGUCAAGUUUGCAAUAAAAUCUAUUUAUGACA